CGCGACCUCCCCGGUCGACCGUGGAGAUGGUAUCCGGGGACCAUGAUGCUGUCCCGGUUCCAGCAGCUGCACGAGAUGGCGUUGGUGGAGUGCGUGAUGGGCGGAAAGCGUCGUCGCGAACUGCUGCCGCGGCUACAGGUUCGCGAUCCGCCGAGGGACACAGUACCGCGAGCGCUCGUUGCUGCGGGGGACUACGUCAUGCAGACGUGCAGUGUACCGCAUGGUUACUGGUCGCUGCCGCGGUCCACCUCGGCGGUGCUGCUCGGACCAGUGGAACGAGCGCUGCACCUGCGAUUUGUCAAGGUGCUUGGUCGGAGGAUGUACUACGUGCGAAAGAGAAGCGGUGCGCUUUUGGAGGAUGAAGAUGUGGCGGAUGAAUUCGAAAAGGGUAAAACAAGUUAUCCAUAUACAUAUUACCGUCACUUAUCCGAGAAAACCGACGCAUCAUCUGUGGAGCCGCAGCGGCUGCAACCGCUGACGGUAGAGGGACCCGGCUUGGCGUUGCCGUUGCCCGUGCUGACGGAAAUCUUCCAGUCUCUGGACACCGUCGACCGUGUGCGCUGCCGCCGCAUCUGUCACCUGUGGGACCGCCUAUCGAUGUCGCCGGAGCUGUGUCGGGUGGUGCGUGUCGUGCGGCAGCAGGAACCCGCCUAUCUAUCGUUCACGCCGCAGUGGGGCGGUAACUACGGCAUGUACGGCUGCCUCAUCAAACAUAUCACCCCCGCCAUUCGCACCGUCUGCAUCCGGGAUACCGGCGCGCAUGUGUGCACCCACUGGACGAUGCGGGAGACCGAGGAAGCGGUGAACCUGUUGAAUAUCUUUCUCGGCGUCGCCGGCAUCCGGCUGGACCUUUUAAUCCUGUCGCGGCGCUCCAUCGAACUCAUGGAGGCCAGCAUCGGCAAUCCGUGGACACUGAGCGCGCUGUGCACCGACGUGACCACGAUGCUGGACAAGCUGGCGUCCGGUUACCAGCGUUUGAUUCUGGAUAAGUUUGCCUUGGAAGUGUUGAACAAGAGAGGCCAGCCGUUGAUCGAGUUCCGCAUUCCCGCCGUCGUUGUCAUGGCGGGCCAGGUCGACGCGAUGGACGUGGUCAAGUUGCUGGAGCAGCAUCUGCACUGCGAGGGACUGCCGUUGGAUGUGCACUGCAUGGCCCAGGCAUUUGCCACGCGGAUCGACAGUGAAAGGAAAGCCAGGAAAGUGAUGGAGAUUCUACGGGAUUAUCAAGCCGGUGAUCCGCGUCCUUCAGCGUGCUACCGAAAUCACGCGUGGACACUGGACAGUGUGGCCGGUGUGAGCGUGGACCAAUUGAACCGCUUCUGCCUGUCCGCCUUAUGGCGCUUCAUGCAGAACUGGGGUCCAGAAUCCGCCCAGGACGACAUCGCACAACUAUGCCGUUCGAUGAUGCCGAGCAAUGAACCAUUGUUAUCCGUAUCUUGGCGAUAAAAAACUGUUCUUUUUUCGCUUUUCUAUUCAUCGGGAAUAUGGCCAACGGAAAGUACUCUGUAUGCUACUUGUUCCGGUAAUUUUGUACCUUGAUUGUUUUCAUAUUUCGAUUACUCUGCAGUCACUGCAGAGUAAUCGAGUGCAGUCUGCAUGUAUGUUUCCACCAGUUGAUCACCCACUGGUUCUUGAUUUCUCAACAG